AUGAGACUCUUUGGUAUCGUUGUAGCCUGUAGUGCGGCACUUGUCGGUGUCAGCCAGGCGGCCGGUCUCGCAGAGUUAGCAUCACAAAUUCCUGCUUGUGGAUUAUUAUGCCUGGAAACUGCGAUAUCAGCAUCUUCAUGUACUCUCGCCAAUUCGACAUGUAUAUGUACAAAUACCCCCCUCCUCACAUCCGCAGCAGCAUGUUUAGGCACGUCUUGCACUGUAAAGGAACAGCUUAAAGUCGCCAAAAUUCAAGAAGAGGGAUGUGGAGAGCCUGUUGUAUCCCAGCAGUUGAAAAUCAGGAUCAUAACACAUGUAUUUUGUAUUCUUGCAGAAGCGUGCGUAAUUCUUCGUGUAUGGACGAAGCUGCAGCUUGCGCGACAACUUCACUACGAUGAUUGGUCAAUCAUUGGUUCAGGAAUUGCUCUCAUUCCAUUCUGGUAUCUUCUUAUUGCUCUUACCGACCACGGCCUUGGUCUGAAUAUUUGGGACACAGAUAUCGAUGGCCUAGAUCAGUUUUUCAAAUUGUUCUACGUUGAAGAGAUCAUUUAUAUUCUGAUGUUAGCCAUAACCAAAGUCGCCCUUCUCCUCUUUCUUGUCAAAAUUUUUCCAAGCAAGUCCUUCCGCGCCGCAUGUGGGAUUGUCGGUGCCAUCACAGCCGCUGUUGCAAUUACGUUUGUCCUGGUGACAAUUUUCUCAUGCCGCCCUAUUUCGCAUUUCUGGACACAAUGGCAAGGAACUUCUACAGGGAAGUGUAAUAACAUUAAUCUCCAAACUAUCGUAAGCGGUGUUAUCAACAUUAUUCAGGAUUUCACCAUUUUGUUUCUCCCUUUGCAUGAACUCUACAAGUUGCAGGUGUCAAUGCAGAGGAAGAUUCAACUAUUUAUGAUGUUUGGUGUCGGCCUCUUCCUCGUCAUAUGGUCCACUGUUGAGCCCACCGUCGCCAUCAUGUGUGCCUGCAUGCCUAGUAUACGCCAACUUCUCGGACACUUCGCCAGCGGCGGCUUUUUCAAUAGUACUAUCAAAACAAACCCAGCCAGUGGCGUCAACAGCCGCACUCACGACCAGCGGAUCUACCAAAGCCGCUCGUUCAAGAUCGAGAGCAAGCUUCGCAACCAAAACGAUGAUUUCCAUGAGCUCUCUAGCAUGCAUGACGGCACUGGCAGCAAUGCCCACCUUGAUCAAGCGUCUGGAAAAUCGAAUUCUCUUACGAAAGAUGGGAGCGAGGGGGCUUUUGAUGGGCAUGACGAUGAGCACAAACAAGCUGCCCAUGUGUGGGUAAGACAUCAAUCUACACAUAAGGCGGUUGCAUGUUAA